CACGGAGGAAGAGAGAUUAGAGAGCAAUUUGAACGCCAUUGUCCCAUUACCGUGACGAUGUCGACAGGAUCCAAUGGUGCUCGGCGCAUCGCGUCGCUGAUGCGACCAUCCAGACUCGACUCGAGCGUCUGCAGAAGCUGUCAAGAGACCCUGGGUCGCCGCAACUAUGCCUCUGCUGCUGCUGCUACCAGCGAGACAAUCACUCCCUCCUCGCCAAUUCCUUCCACUUCCUCCGUUACCACCCCUGUCUACACCAUCAACGCCGGUGUGGUCCUCUCCCGCCCUCCCCAGAUCACCCGUGACCUCGAGCCCUUCGAGAAAGCCUUUCAUUUCUACCAGAAGCGCCUGAAUGAGCGUCUUGCGCUUCCCUUCACGAAAUACUUCUACUACAAGCGUGGCACGCCAGCGGAUGUGGAUUGGAAGAACAAGAUUAAGGAGCGCCGGACCCCGGCACGCGACAUUGGCAACUACAACGCGUACGACAGCGACGCAUGGAAUGAUGAGCUGCUCCUUGGAUCGAAGGAAAGCGAGCCUGAACAUUUGGUGGAGGCGCUGGUGCAAGAUGCCGAGUCCACGGCCAAUGCCACUUCCCAGGACACCAGUAAGAAGGAGGAGAUCCCGCGGCCAUUCUCCCGGGUGACGGAGGCGGAUCAGAAGGGCGACCACAAGAGUUUGAACCGGUUGCUGUCUCGGACUUUGUACCUGCUGGUCCAGUCGAAGGAGGGUUACUGGAAGUUCCCCAGCUUGCCUAUCGAGGGAGACGAGACCCUGCGCGAAGCUGCCGAACGCACCCUCUCCCAAACCGCUGGUGUCAACAUGAACACCUGGAUGGUCGGUUUCCACCCCGCCGGUCACCACGUUUACAACAACCGCAAGCCCCACAUCGACCAGGCGACCGGUGCUGCCAUCCACGGCGAGAAGACCUUUUUCAUGAAGACCCGCAUCAUGGCCGGUCAGGCCGAUCUCUCCGGCAGCGCGGAGAAGCUGAAGGAUUUCAAGUGGCUGUCGAAGGAUGAGAUCCCGCAGUAUGUGCUGCCACAGUACUACAGCAACAUUAAGAACAUGCUGGCCGACCGGUAAACGAGCGUCCCGAGGGUCUUCCCUGGUUCUUCCGGUGCUGGUAGUCCAAACAUUGGUCAACCCUUUUUCUUAGUUUUUCAAAAACGUGUAUGAACAGGAAGGGAGUGAGAGCACAGCGCGCUGUCAUCCAGUCAGGAAAAGGUGAUUUUUGCUUUCCUAGCACUAAGCGUUCUCAGCAACGCACUGCAUAUACUCUUACCGCGC